AUGAUAAACAACCGAGAUAGCCUCCGCGCAGAUCAGGGCAGGUUAGAUGAGGCCGAGCAAAUACUCAAGUGGGCGCUGGAGGGAUUCGAGAAGGUCCUUGGGCCCGAUCACACGUCAACGCUUGACACGGUCAACAACCUGGGCAUCCUCUACGCUGAUCAGGGCAAGCUAGAUGAGGCAGAAGAGAUGUACCAACGGGCACUGCAAGGAUACGAGACCAGCUUUGGGUCUAAUCAUCCGCUUUGUCGCAGUCUUCGUCGCACUCUUGCUACGCUUGAAGAUCAUAUAGUGGCUUAA